AUGGUUCAUCAAGCUUUUAACUUGUUCACUGAAACAGUUCACAAAUCUAUGGAAAUGUAUCGUACAAAACUUGUUACUACUCAACAAUUAAUGAAUACUAAAAUUUUCAAUAAAGCUGAUCUUACUCCACUCAUGGCUAAACCCUAUGAGGUUGUUAAUGUUACUAAUGGUACCGAUGGCAGUUCAGGAAGUGUUACUAAACCACCUGAUAAGCCCAAUGGUUGA